AGGCAGAUGUGUUGUUCAAAAAAUAAAUUAGAGAGAGAGAGAGAGAGAGAGAAUGGCAGUAGCAAGCCCAGCUUUGGCUACAAAAGUUUUUGAAGAGGGAAAGUUGAGUGUGAAAUCUAUGAAAGUGGAGGAAUCAAGUGAAUCAUCAUCACCACCAAAGCCAUUGCUAAUUGUUACACCAACGUUGGAAGGCACAUAUCCUAUAUUGUUGUUUUUCCAUGGAUUCUUGAUACACAACACUGCCUACGAAAAGCUUCUCCAACAUGUAUCUUCCCAUGGAUUCAUAGUCGUCGCUCCUCAGCUUUUCUACUUGAUUAUAACUGGAAAUGAAGAAGUCAAUUUGGCUGGGGAAGUCACAAACUGGUUAGCCACUGGCCUUCAAUCCAUGCUCCCGGAAAAUGUCAAAGCAAAUCUUCUCAACCUAGCCGUUGCCGGCCAUAGUAGAGGUGGAAAGACUGCAUUUGCCCUUGCACUAGGCCAUGCCAAAACCCAACCAUCCCUCAAAAUUUCAGCUUUAAUAGGACUUGACCCUGUUGCCGGUCUAAGCAUAGAUGACCAAAUCGAACCCAAAAUCCUCACCUAUGUACCUCAUUCUUUCGAUUUACCGGUACCGAUCUCAGUUGCUAUCAUCGGUACCGGCUUAGGUCAUGAAAAAAGUAAUGCCAUAGUCCCAGCAUGUGCCCCAAAUGGAGUGAAUCAUUGCGAGUUCUUCACAGAAUGUAAACCGCCAAGUUGGUAUUUUUAUGCCAAGGACUAUGGUCAUGUGGACAUGUUAGAUGAUCCAAAUUUGAUAUUAAGUCUUGCUUGUGUGAGUGGGGAGGGUGACAAGGACCCAUUUAAGAAAUGUUUAGGAGGGGUAUUUGUAGCAUUUUUAAGGGCUUGUUUGGAUGGUGAGAAUGAAGAUCUCAAGUGCAUUGUGGAAGAACCUACUAUUGCUCCUGUAACACUUGAUCCUGUCAUCCACAUUGAAGCAUAAGGUAACGUCCAAGCUCUAAUGAAUUGUUCCACUAUUUAAAAAUAAAGGGCAACUCAAUGCGUAAGAUUCUAAUUAUUCUAAAGUCUGAAAAAAGAUUAAUGUGCCCAGUCUUAUCUCACAUAUGUAGAGAUUGUUCCACUAUCCAAGAAUAAUAAUAAAUAAGUAAAUUGUCCAAUUAUUUAUGUGAUAAUUGUGCUCAAUAUGUAAAUUGUCCAAUUAUUUAUCCCAAUUUGAUAUUAUCAUGUUUUAUGUA